AUGGUCAAGAAAAAUUUAAAAAGUGUUCAACUGCAAGUCACUGUCGACUCCAGCCCGCAAUUCCCACCUUCUACUACUACUCCAAAGGAUAUCUUAACUAAGGAUGCUUUGGAAUUCAUCGUUCUUCUACACAGAACCUUUAACGAAAGACGUAAAGAUCUACUAAACAAAAGACAGAUCGUCCAAAAUGGUUUGGAUUCUGGCUCUUAUAAAUUCCAUUUCCUUGAAGAGACCUCAAAUAUUAGAAAUGACAUCUCUUGGAAAGGCGCUAUCCCAGCCCCUGGCCUGAUCGACAGGUCCACGGAAAUCACCGGCCCACCACUAAGAAACAUGCUGAUCAACGCACUGAACUCAGACGUCAAAACGUAUAUGACUGAUUUCGAGGAUUCCCUGGCUCCAACCUGGAACAACAUCAUCUAUGGCCAAGUGAAUCUCUUUGACGCCAUCAGGAACCAAAUUAAUUUCGUUUCUUCAAAAGGUAAAGAGUACAGAUUGAACAACGAUAUCUCUGCACUCCCAACUUUGAUCGUCAGACCUCGUGGUUGGCAUCUCGUGGAAAAACAUUUGUUAGUCGAUAAUGAACCAAUGAGUGCCUCAAUUUUCGAUUUUGGUCUAUAUUUUUUUCAUAACGCCCACAAGUUGCUUGAAAUCGGCAAAGGUCCAUAUUUCUAUUUGCCCAAAAUGGAACACCAUCUUGAAGCUAAGUUAUGGAACGAUAUCUUCUGUGUCGCACAAGACUACCUAAGCAUCCCACGGGGCACCGUCAGAGCCACCGUUCUGAUCGAAACUCUACCUGCCGCUUUCCAAAUGGAGGAAAUCAUCUUCCAACUAAGAGACCACUCAAGUGGUUUGAACUGUGGCCGUUGGGAUUACAUCUUCUCUACCAUCAAAAGAUUAAGAAACUUACCCCAACAUCUUUUACCGGAUAGAGACCAAGUCACUAUGACCUCCCCCUUUAUGGACGCCUACGUCAGAUUGUUGAUUAACACAUGCCAUCGUAGAGGUGUCCACGCUAUGGGUGGUAUGGCUGCCCAUAUCCCCAUCAAAGACAAUCCUGAGGCUAAUGAAAUUGCGAUGAGCAAAGUUCGUAACGACAAGUUGAGAGAACUGGCCAAGGGACAUGACGGUUCUUGGAUUGCCCACCCUGCUUUAGCCUCGAUUUGUAACGAUGUGUUCAUCAACAUGGGAACACCGAACCAAAUCUAUAACAUCCCCGAUCUUUCUGAUUUUCGUUCAAGUGAAUUAACCAACACUAACAUCAUUGACGGUAAAAUCACCAUUGAUGGUAUUAGACAAAAUCUGGAUAUUGGAUUGCAAUACAUGGAAGCUUGGUUAAGAGGCUCCGGCUGUGUUCCAAUCAAUAAUUUAAUGGAGGAUGCUGCUACUGCAGAGGUGUCUCGUUGCCAAUUAUACCAAUGGGUAAAACAUGGUGCCACUUUAAGUGACACUGGCGAAAGAGUCACUGCUGAAUUAACUUCCAAGAUCUUAAAUGAACAAGUGGCAAAAUUGCAAGCCUCUAGUCCCGUUGGUGACAAGAAUAAAUUUGCUGUAGCAGCUAAGUAUUUCUUACCUGAGAUUAUAGGUGAAAAUUUUAGUGAAUUCUUAACUUCUUUAUUGUAUGAUGAAAUUGUCACCAUCACCUCAAACAGUAAUGAAUACAUUUCUAGCUUAAAUGAAUCAAGCAAGUUAUGA